UGAAAAAGAGCACUCGCUGCUUUUCAUUUCAGCUAACUCACUAUAUAUUUCGUGUCUAAUGUCUCGUCAUUUUCCUCGUAUAUCAAAAUCACACAGACAGAGAAGCAUCUCAAGCUACUCAGGAUAAUUGAAGGUGAAAGAUGUCGUAUUCGUCGUCUCGGGAUAACUGGGAGAGGCUGGUGACAGCAGUGGUGAAGAGAGAGCAGAUAUGGCAACUCUGUCAUCAAAACUCCAUCUCCACCAUUGCUUCUGAAUAUACCGACGUAACUCUCAGUUUUUCAAGUCUGAGACCUGUUUCCUCACCAUCUCCACUUAUAAACGACUGUAUCGUCGAAGAUAGGAAAAACGCUUCCAAAACUACCUCACGGAAGCUAUUUUCUGCUUUGCGUUGGAAAAGGAAACCAAAGGACCGUGACCUUCACCAUUCUCUCGUUAGCCAUGUGAUUUCGCGUUUAAAGAACUUUAGCCUACGCGAGCUACUUGUUGCAACAGAAAAUUUUAGCGACAAAAAUGUCCUUGGAUGUGGUGGACAUGGUACAGUAUAUAAAGGUAGAUUGGCAGAUGGUUCUCUUGUGGCAGUUAAAAGAUUAAAUCAUGAAGUGUUUGAGACAGAACUAGAAAUGGGAAGCCUUUUAAAGCAUCGUAAUGUAAUCAGGCUGUAUGGAUUUGCCAUUACACAAGUAGAACGUCUGCUUGUUUAUCAUUUCAUGGAGAAUGGAAGUGUGGCAUCAUGCUUAAGAUCAGGGACACAGCCUACACUUGGCUGGCCAAUUAGAAACUCGAUAGCACUUGGGGUUGCAAACGCUCUAGCUUAUUUGCACGAAGAAUGCAUCAGAACUAUCAUUCAUCGUGAUGUAAAAGCUGAAAAUGUAUUGUUGGAUAAGAACUUUCAAGCAUUCUUGGCUGACUUCUCCUUGGCCAAAUUCAUGGACUGCCGCGAUGAUGGUGCCGUAAAAGGGUCAAUGGGUCACAUAGCCCCUGAGUACCUCUCCACGGGAAAGUGUACAGAGAAAGCCGAUGUUUUUAGUUAUGGGAUCUUUCUUCUUGAGCUCAUCACAGGACAGAACAUACCUUCUCUUCAUCAGCUCGCCAAUAAUGACAGGAUGAGGUUACUGGAGAUGGUAGAUGAAAUAUGCAAGGGGAAAAAAUUUGAAGUGAUGGUUGAUUCAAGUCUUGAAGGUAAUUAUGUAGAAGAAGAGGUGGAGAAGUUGUUUCAGUUAGUCCUCAGCUGCACACAAGAUGAUCCAGAUGAACGUCCCACGAUGUUAGAGAUUGUGAGAAUGAUGGAUGGCCUAGACGAUAGGUGGAAAGAAUUCUUAUCACAUGGUUUUGGAAGUGACGUUAUCCUUGGAAAUACCCCUCCCAUCCCUCUCGUUACAGAAUAGAUCGUCUUGACUUUCUUUCACUGUGGCAGAAGAGCUAUCCAGUCCCAAAUGAUUCAGGCAAGUCCUCGUAUCGACUUGCAUAGACCGUCACCUUCUCCCUUGUCCAUUUCCUGACAUUCUUAGUUUAUCAAACUCUUUGGACCGAAGAUUUGUGUAGUUUUUCCAGCAUCGACUCGUCUUUUCUGUAGUUUGGGCCAAGAUGAUAAUGCUAUAAUAUUUCAAUCACCGUGUACUUGAUUGCAUAGCAUUUGAUUUGUUUGAUGUACUGUGUAUGAGACUAGUAUAUUAUGAGUGUAAAAAGAGAAAUUGCAAACU